AUGCCAUCGAAAACGCCCACAAUCGGCCUCCUGGGCGGUGGUCAGCUCGGCCGCAUGCUCUGCGAGGCGGCCUCGCCCCUCGACAUCUCCAUCGCCAUCCUGGACGAGGCCAACGCACCCGCCAAGCAGAUCAACAGCAGCGCCAAGCACGUGGUCGGCUCGUUCAAGGAUCCCGCCCGGAUCCAGGACCUGGCGGCUCACUGCGAUGUGCUCACCGUCGAGAUCGAGCACAUCGAGACGGACGUGCUCGAGGAGAUCGACACCAAGGGGGUGCAGGGCAAAAAAGUCGCCGUGCACCCAUCGUGGCGGACCCUGCGGCUGAUCCAGGACAAGUUCGCGCAGAAGGAUUACCUUGGUCAGGAGGGGCUGCCGAUCGCCGAGCAGAUGGCCCUCGAGGAAGGGGAGGGCAUGCUCGCGUCCCUGGAGGAGGCUUCGAGGAAGUUCGGGUUCCCGUGGAUGCUCAAGGCGCGCAAGGGCUCGUACGAUGGGCGGGGAAACUUGAAGAUCUCGGGCAAGGCGGAUCUGGAGCAGGCUGUGAAGGAGUUUGGGCGGCUCUCGUGCUAUGCGGAGAAGUGGGUGCCGUUUGAGCUGGAGCUGGCCGUCAUGGUCAUCCGGACCGAGGACGACAGCGGCAAGACGAAGAGGCUGUUACCGUACCCGGUGGUCGAGACCGUGCACGAGGAUAACAUCUGCUCCAAAGUGUUCAUGCCUCCGCGCAAUGUUCCUGCGGCUGUGUGUGAGAAGGCACAGAAAGUUGCCUGCGGCGUGGUGGAGAAGCUAUGGGGGAGAGGAGUCUUCGCCGUGGAGAUGUUCCUGACCAAGUAUGGAGACGUGAUGGUCAACGAGAUUGCACCACGACCACACAACUCAGGCCACUACACCAUCGAGGCCGUGCCGUACAUGUCACAGUACAAGGCCCAGCUCUACUCCAUCCUCGAUGAACCGCUUCCAGAGGUCCUCGAGGCACACGUAUCAUCCAGCAUCAUGAUCAACAUCCUGGGCGGUGCCAGUCAGGAUUCCCACCACAGACUCGUCGAGCAGGCCAAAAAGAUGUAUGCGAAGGGCACAGCUGUGUACCCUCAUCUUUACGGCAAGGAGUCUAAGCCCAGCCGGAAAAUCGGCCACAUCACUCUCACCGGUUCUGGGUCGAUACAGGAGUUGGAGAAGUACGCGCAGCCGCUCAUCCAGAUCGCCGAUGAGAUACGACAAGAACGCCUCAAGGCAGCCAGUCAGGCAUUGCGCCCCUCAGCAGCCCCCAAAGCCGCACCCAAUGCCGCUGCAAAGGGUGACGCCCUGGUCCUGGUGACCAUGGGCUCUGACUCGGACCUGCCCGUCCUCAAGGCUGGCAUUGACAUCCUCAACCAGUUCGGCGUGCCAUGGACGGUAGACAUCACAUCCGCACACAGAACUCCUUCCAAGAUGGCCGAGGUUGCCACGGAGGCCGCGUCCAGGGGCAUCAAGGUCAUCAUCGCCGCUGCAGGCGGUGCGGCACACCUGCCGGGGAUGAUCGCUGCGUACACCCCCCUCCCAGUAAUAGGUGUUCCUGUCAAGGCGACACAUCUGGAUGGUUUAGACAGUCUGCUGAGCAUAGUGCAGAUGCCGAGAGGCGUGCCAACCGCUACUGUGGCUAUCAACAAUUCUACAAACGCGGCGCUAUUGGCCAUUCGAUUUUUGGGGGCUUUCAUUCCUGAUCUGCAUGAGAAGAUGAGGAAUUACCAGCUCGACAUGGAGAAACAGGUGCAUGAUAAGGCGAAUCUGCUCAAGGAAAUUGAUGUGCAGGCCUAUUUGGAGAAGAUGGGUAAGAAAUAA